UCACACUGGUUUAGAGUGGGAGUUUAAUGGUGGGCCUCCCACAAAAAAGGGGAAUAAAAUUGGGAUACGUGCCGUUGCUGCAACGCACCGAAUUGUGCAAAGCCUCAAAAGUGUCAUAAAACUGCGUUAGUUCCUCGAAGUGCAAUAGAAUCCCCCUAAAACAUCGAGGGGAAACGCGAAACUGAAUCACAGUCUCUGUGCUCCGCCUCCAACAACAAAUCUCUGGGUUUGCCAAGGUGUUAAUGCUUAUUUAUUUAUAAAACAUGCUUCGCAUGACUAAUGAAACGGGUUGGCGUUAUUAAAAACGAUUAAAGCCGAAAUACUCAGAAAACUAAAAACAAGAAAAACUCCCCAAGGCACACACACACGCACAGUAACACAAUUUGUGGUGGCGCCUAGGGUCCAGAAACAACAACGACAACAAAAACAACCACUAGGAUAAUAACAACAGCAAUUCAUCAUGGUCAAUUGUCAAUAGAAGGCACAUUUAUUAACGUUAAAUAAACACUAAAAAUAAGCUGGCCAGCAAGUAAUUAUGCUUGACCCUGGUCCAACAAUAGCCCCAUCUCGGAUUCCAGCGCAAGAGGAAGGGAGACGCAGCUAAACCACGCUGGGAGUUGCACCGCAGUCGUCGCCAGGCUUGCAAGCGUCCAGGGCAUCGUUAUCACAAUACUCACCGAUUGACGGCAAGAAGCAGAACCUGCAAUCCAAAAAUCAAAAAAGCGAGAAUCAAACAAGAGAGAAGCGCAGUCCAGACUGAAACUGAGACCGAGACUGAUUGAUAUUUGCGAGAUUUGUCAAGUCCCACCAUGGCGGCCGUGGGCAACCUUCACAACACGCGCAUACUGCGCUUUCUUUUAGUCCUUAUUGUGGUGGUCCUCACCAUUUUCAUCUACGCCACAUACUCGACGGCGGGAGGCAUAACAGCAAACCGUUUGCAUUCGGCACCGUCACCGGCUCAGCAGCUGAUUGGUGGUCAUCCCGGCCGCCUGCCUAUGGACCAAGUCAAUAACACUGAGAAGGAGUACAGCCCACCUGCUAGCGGAGAAAGCACGGCCAAGGUAUCCAGCAGACAGUCGCAACAACAGCAACAACAACAACAGCAGCAACCGGCGGAGAUCCACAAGAAGCAUCCGCAACACCGGCUGCCCACCAUCGAUGAGGACGCACUGCUCGAUGGCGGGUCUGCCGGAGCCAGUCCCCAGGUGGGUGGCGCUGAGCAGACGCCCAAUGCAAUGGCGGAUGAGCUGCUGGAAGAGCAACAAUACGGCCAGAGCGUUGAUGGCAUCACCGGAAACAUCAACAGCAGUUCCAACAACAAUAGCUCUGCAGACACGUUGGUUGUUAAACAAUCGAUUCCCGCGCAAUCACCACAACAGCAACAGUCGCAGGCGCAGCCAGUGCUUUCCGAUGCGGAGCUCCUCAUACCCACUUCCAAUUUGCAAAAGUUUAUCGAGAAUGCCGAUAAGAUAUUGAAGAACAUUACGACGAACAGUAGCACGGGCAACGGAGCUGCUGUCCCGGCAACCGGAACUGACCAAAACACCGAUAAAGGAAAUCAACCAGAUACGGCACAACUAAAUUCGGUGGACGGCAAGCUGGAAGUGUCUCCGGACUCCAAAAAGCAGGAGCUGGAAUCUAAGGUGAUACAGGAAAUUAAGGAUGGAAAGAAAGAGGCUGCAGUUCCACCACCGAAAUCCGCCAGACCACCUGUGCCCAUUGUAAAAACGACAAAGGGCAAGAGCGUGGCCAAGGCCCCAAUUGCUCCCGUGGAUCCAUCAAAGGGAGUGGCGACCGAGAAGCUCUACGAGCCAGGCCAUUUGGACGAGGAAAUCGAUGCGCAGCGCAUCUGUCCAAGAGACGGAGAAUUCGUUAAGCUUCUGGUUCUUAUUAGCUCCGCGAUGUCUCAUGAGGCAGCCCGAAUGUCCAUUCGGCAGACGUGGAUGCACUAUGGAAGCAGAAGGGACGUGGGCAUGGCAUUUGUUUUGGGACGUGGCACUAAUGAAACGCUGAACAAGGCUCUUACCCAGGAGAACUUUAUCUACGGCGAUCUGAUUCGGGGAAACUUCAUAGACUCGUACAACAACCUCACACUCAAGACCAUCUCGACGUUGGAAUGGGCAGAUCUGCACUGCCCGAAGGCAAAGUACAUCCUCAAGACGGACGAUGACAUGUUCAUCAAUGUGCCCAAGCUGCUGACCUUCCUCGACAAACACAAGGACAAGCGAACCAUAUACGGUCGCCUAGCCAAGAAGUGGAAACCGAUCCGCAACAAAAAGUCAAAAUACUAUGUGUCUGUAGACCAGUUUGCGGCGGGAGUGUUUCCUUCCUUCACCACUGGACCGGCUUACGUUCUAACCGGAGACAUUGUACACGAGCUGUAUGUACGAUCGCUGAAGACUGUGUAUCUGAAGCUGGAGGAUGUGUUCACCACGGGCAUUGUGGCGAAGAGCCUGAAUAUCAAGCGGGUACAGGCGAACGAGUUUGUCAACCGGCGCAUCUCAUUCAACCCGUGCAACAUCCGCAACGCGAUCAGCGUGCACAUGAUCAAGUCGAACGAACAAUUCGAUCUGUGGAAAAAGCUGCUGGACCAGACCACCAAGUGUAAAUAGUAUUUUAAGUUUAGAGUUUAGUUGUCGGUGUAACGAGCCCAGUGUGGUCGUUCGAGAAGAUGAGCAAACAUAUAUGUAAUUCGGUACGAGUAGAGAAUGAUUAGCAAAGGCAGCUAUAUAGGAUUAUAAAAUUAGCCUAGUCUCUAAGUCCUAGAAAUAUCACAAAUUUCGUUGUCGAUCCCUGCAUCUGCCUAUAUGCAUGCGGUCCAACAGCGAUCCAAGUACAUUUUAAAAGAUUUGUAGUUUAAUUUUAGCAUUCUGAAUGCCAUUAUUUAAAUGAUAAUUACUGAGCGAUAACUGUGGUUAUAUCUUAAAACUAAAUACAUUAAUGUAAAUCGAAA